AUUAGAAAGUGGAGCAAGAGGGUGGGCGUGUGAGGGGGCCCGAGGUUUCCGCAGCGCCGCCGCAGCAAUGGCCGCGAUUAAGGUGGGCGAUGCCAUCCCCUCUGUGAAGGUGUUUGAAGGAGAGCCUGGGAACAAGGUGAACCUGGCAGAGCUGUACAAGGGCAAGAAGGUUGUGCUGUUUGGAGUCCCUGGGGCUUUUACCCCCAGGUGUUCCAAGACCCAUCUGCCAGGAUUUGUGGAGCAGGCUGGUGCUCUGAAGGCCAAAGGGGUGCAAGUGGUGGCAUGUCUGAGUGUUAACGAUGUCUUUGUGACUGGAGAGUGGGGUAAAGCCCACAAAGCAGAAGGCAAGGUCCGACUACUGGCUGAUCCCACUGGGGCCUUUGGGAAGGAGACAGAUUUAUUGCUGGACAAUUCACUGGUACCCCUCUUUGGGAAUCGCCAGCUCAAGAGGUUCUCCAUGGUGAUAGAAGAUGGUGUGGUAAAGACCCUGAAUGUGGAGCCAGAUGGCCCAGGCCUCACCUGCAGCCUGGCCCCCAACAGCCUCUCGAAGCUCUGA